GAGUUCAACUGGUUCAGUAACUCCGUGAAGUUCCCAGACGCCGCGGAGAUUGAGGAACACGCUAACUGGAGCAUGUCGAGGGAGUUGGGAUUCAACUACUGCUUGGUGGGACUGAGCAAUCGACUCGCAAGGGACAGCAAUCUUACGGAGAGUGACAUCGAGCAACUGAGGAACAUCUACACACGGGACCCGCUGUCUGAGAUCACGGAGCAGGAGAAGGACUUCUUGUGGAGGCACAGACAUUACUGCGUUAACAUCCCGGAGACGCUGCCCAAGCUACUGUUGUCCGUGAAGUGGAAUUCCCGCGAUGAAGUGGCUCAGAUGUACUGCCUACUGAAGGACUGGCCGCACAUCAAACCCGAGCAGGCCCUAGAACUGCUGGACUGCAACUUCCCCGACCCCAUGGUGCGUGAGUUUGCGGUCAACUGCCUGGUGAAGGGGCUGACGGAUGACCGAUUAUCCCAGUACCUCAUCCAGUUGGUCCAGGUGUUGAAGUACGAGCAGUAUUUAGACAACCCUCUGGGCCGGUUCCUCCUGAAGAAAGCCCUCACCAACCAGAGGAUCGGACAUUUCUUCUUCUGGCACCUGAAGUCAGAGAUGCACAACAAGACGGUGAGCCAGCGGUUUGGGCUGUUGCUGGAGUCGUUCUGUCGAGCUUGCGGGAUGUACCUCAAGCACCUGAUCCGCCAGGUGGAGGCCAUGGAGAAGUUGAUCAACCUCACCGACAUCCUCAAGCAGGAGAAGAAAGACGAGACGCAGAAGAUGCAGAUGAAGUUCCUGGUGGAGCAGAUGAGCCGGCCCGACUACAUGGAGGCUCUGCAGGGCUUCAUCUGUCCACUCAACCCCGUCCAUCAGCUGGGCAACCUCAGGUAACCACGGCGACACGCACCGCUACACGCACCGCUCCGCCCGUGUGUGUGAAUGUGCAGAGACACAAGAUGCUGGAGUAACUCAGCGGGACGGGCAGCGUCUGUGGAGAGAAGCAAUGGGAGACGUUUCGAGUCUAGACCUCUCUAUAGACUG